UUAAUUUUACCUCCACAAAAUUAUAAUAGAAAUGUGGUUUAAGGAAUUGCUAGAGUGUCAGUAGGAACUGUAGGAUCUGAAGAGAACAUAUUGGGUAAUAGUUCAUUAAUGAGACUUUUUCCAAAAAUAAUUGAAACCUUUUUCUCAGGGUACUCAACUUUGUCGACUUAUACUUUUUGAGGGGGGAGAAUAGUGUUACCAAAAGCAUUCAAUGAUUCAACGUGCACUAGGGAAUGAUUUAUUAGAUUCAAUUCGUUAUUUCGUGGCAUUGACCACGAACUAUUUGGCAAUCUCAUAAAUUUAAAUUUGUGGGUUGAAAUCAUGAAGCCUAAAUGCAUCGUUUGAUUGUAUUUAAAGUGGAAUUUUGGUUUUCAUGAAACUGCAUUGGUCUAUUAGGUUAGUUUUAGUUCUACAAAUAUGGAAGUACUAACUAUUCGGUCGAGUUCACAUUCCCUGUAUGUAGGGAAUUUGUUUUCGGGAGUCGUCAGUUAUGUUCUUUGGACAAAUGUUUUUUUUCCUGGAGACACUGAGAGUGGCACACAGCCUGCCCAACUAGUAAACAAAUACGGACGCACGUGUCAUUUGUGCUAACCAGGUUAAGAUUAAUUUGUGGAUUGAACCAAUGAAUGAUGGACGGUCACAAUAGAGCACGGGCUGGUCUUUGUUUAAUUUGCUUAGACAAAAGCUCGCUCCUUAUCACCAGUACCAAGUUUGAGGGCUUAGUGCGCAAUUACCUCGUGCAAGAUUACUCUGUGGAAGACUAUCGCUUACCCAAUGGCCUUUGCGGCAAUUGCUCACAAAAACUACGGGCCUAUGAAAAACUGGACUUUGCCCGUAUUCUACCGGAACUACCUGCGGAGGAAUAUUCUGCCAUGGCCAGCUUCCGACCUCCUCGAGGAAAUACGAAAUGCAUUUGUUUCAUUUGCUCAACAUACCGAACUGUGGGCAUUGGAUCUUUGAAAAGGCGGAAGAAAAAACCUGGUAGGCCACGAAGCAAAGAAACACAGUUGGAUAAAGGCCAUGGUCGAGAUCACCCUCCGGAUCGAGGUUUAUUUUGUCUGCGAUGUUUUGCCAUGAUAUAUCCUGGGUGUCACCAUCCAUGCACCCCCGCCAGUACUUUAGAAAAUUUCCGAAACAUCAUUCCCCAACGCACAUUGGAGCUAUUGACAACAGAUUCACUGAUGGACAAAAAGAGUCAAAAUCUACCCUUGACUUUGGCCACCAGAGGAAGACCCGCAUGUUAUGCGCCUCUCGAUCAUACGUUCAAAAACAUUGUCAAGAAAAGUGAUAAGAUUGUUCCUCUCAAAGCUCUGAAGCGAGCCAAAAUUGUGGCGGGUGUCAGUGGUAAUGCUGCUCAAAAAUUUGUUCGUGAGAUCCGAAGAUCAGUUCCCGUGGAGUCCGGCUUCAAGGAGGCACUAACCAUGGCCAAUAGGACAUUCGCCAAGUGGUUUGAUGUUGUGGAAGAGACAUCUCCUUUAUUAGAUGGGGCUCAAUUUCCGAUUGUCUUCUGCAAAGAUUCACAGGGAUUUUUCAAAUUCGUACUUCAAGAACGUGGUUAUGAGCGCCUGGACGUCUUUUUGAGACUCUCCAUUGAUGAAGGAAGAGGUUUUCUUAAGAUAAGUGGCAAUUUGGUGAAUCGCAAUCCCCAGUUUGAGACAAAUCGAUUCAAAACCUCCGGAGUCAAGCAGACCUUCCUUUUGGCCAUUGCACCAAUUAAGGAGACUUAUGAUCACAUCAAGAUGAUGUUGGCCAAAUUAGAUCUGAACUUUGGAGAUGAUCUUGAGGAUAUUUAUUCUCAGGAUCUCAAGUGCAUUAACCUAGUUUUUGGCUUAGGCAAUCAUGCCAGUACGCACCCUUGCAUAUUUUGCUUGUGGGUGAAUGGAUGCUAGAGU